AUGCUUCGGUCCGCCCUCUUCGCCGCCGUCGGCGCUCUUUCCUGCGGCUUCGCCUCUGCCCUCGAGACCUUCGAGCGCAACCUCAUCUUCCAGCCUCCCGAGAACUACACUGACCCCCGCGUCUUGUACCCUCGCACCGUCCAGCUGGAAGACGGCCGUCUCCUGGGCACCUGGGAGAACUACUCGCCCGAGCCCCCUCUGGUCUGGUUCCCCAUCUACGAGUCUCUCGAUGGUGGCCUCAACUGGGAGGAAGUCGGCCAGGUCCACGACCAGGCCAACAACUGGGGUCUUCGCUACCAGCCUUUCCUGUAUGAGCUGAGACAGGACUUCGCCGGAUACCCUGCCGGAACCAUCCUCCUCGCUGGUAACAGCAUUCCCACCGACCUCAGCCAGACCAAGAUCGACCUGUAUGCUUCUCAGGACAAGGGCCGCACCUGGGAGUUCCUGUCCCACGUCGCUGCCGGCGGCAGAGCUAUCCCCAACAACGAGGAGACCCCCGUCUGGGAGCCUUUCAUUCUCAUCUUCGAGGAUGACUUGAUCCUCUACUACGCCGACCAGCGCUCGCCCGACCACGGCCAGGAGAUCUCUCACCAGACCACCAAGGACCUCAAGAACUGGUCCGACGUCGUCAUCGACGUCACCUACCCUAGGUACACCGACCGUCCCGGCAUGCCCUUCGUCACCCAGCUCGCCAACGGCGACUACAUGUACACUUUCGAAUGGGGUGGUGCUCCCAUCAUCGAGCCCUACUCCUUCCCCAUCUACUACCGCAUCGCCAAGGACCCUCGCAAGUUCGCCGACGCUCCCGACUACUACAUCAACAGCACCAACGGCGGCGUCUUCCCCAUCAACAGCCCCAACGUUGUCUGGUCUCCUGUUGGUGGCUGCAACGGCACCAUCGUCGUCAGCAGCAACAGCGCCCCUCUCUUCGUCAACCGCCGCGGCGGUGACCCGAACGCCUGGGUCGCCUACGACUCUCCCGAGGCCGGCGCCUACACCCGUAACCUGCGCAUCAUGGAGGAGGACCCCGACUACCUGCUCAUCAUGGGCGCCGGUGUCCUUCCUCCUAGCACCACCAACAAGGUCACUGUCAGCAUGCUCAAGUUGACCGAGCUUUUGGGUCUUAAGCAGGCAUGA